UGUUUUUCUCGCCCUUCGUCGCCACACCACCUCCAGGAUGCCCUGCGAGAUGAUAACCCUCCAGCUGGGCCAGUGCGGCAACCAGAUCGGGUUUGAAUUCUGGAAGCGCUUGUGCGCGGAGCACGGGAUCAACCCCGAAGGCAUUCUCGAGGACUUCGCCACCGAGGGGAUUGACCGCAAGGACGUGUUUUUCUACCAGGCGGAUGACGAGCACUAUAUUCCGAGGGCGGUUCUGCUGGACCUGGAGCCCAGGGUCAUCAACACGAUACUCAAUUCCCCGUAUUCGAAACUGUAUAACCAGGAGAAUGUGUUUUUGUCGAAGAACGGGGGCGGCGCGGGGAAUAAUUGGGCUAGUGGGUAUUCGCAGGGGGAGAAGCUGAACGAGGAGAUUUUUGAUAUUAUUGACCGAGAGGCCGAUGGGAGUGAUAGUUUGGAAGGGUUUGUACUGUGCCACUCGAUCGCCGGGGGCACGGGCUCCGGGAUGGGGUCGAAUAUUCUGGAGAAGCUGUCAGAUAGGUUUCCGAAGAAGCUGGUGCAGACAUAUAGCGUGUUCCCCAAUUUGGAUGAAAUCAGUGACGUCGUCGUGCAGCCCUACAACUCCCUCCUCACCCUCAAGCGCCUCACCGAGUCGGCCGACUCCGUCGUGGUCCUCGACAACACCGCCCUCAACCGCAUCGCCGCCGACCGCCUCCGCAUCCAGAACCCCACCUUCACCCAAAUCAACAGCCUCGUCAGCACCAUCAUGUCGGUGUCCACCACCACCCUGCGCUACCCCUCGUACAUGAACAACGACCUCAUGGGCCUGCUCGCCCCUCUCAUCCCCACCCCCCGCCUCCACUACCUCAUGACCGGCUACACCCCCCUGUCCACCGACACCGACGAGGUCAACGUGCGCAAGACCACCGUCCUCGACGUGAUGCGCCGCCUCCUCCAGCCCAAGAACAUGAUGGUGUCCACCUCGCAGGACCGAAACUCCCAGCACUGCUUCAUCUCGAUCUUGAACAUCAUCCAGGGCGAGGUGGACCCCACGCAGGUGCACAAGUCGCUACAACGAAUCCGGGAGCGCAAGCUGGCGCAGUUCAUACCCUGGGGGCCCGCGAGCAUCCAGGUGGCGCUGUCGAGGAAGAGUCCGUACAUACAGACGGCGCACAGGGUGUCGGGGCUCAUGCUGGCCAACCACACCAAUAUCAGUUCGUUGUUCGACAGGGCGCUGGUCCAGUAUGACAAAUUGAGGAAGAGGGAGGCGUUUUUGGACCAGUUCCGGAAGGAGGAGAUGUUCAAGGAUAAUCUGGAUGAGUUGGAUUCGAGUAGGGAGGUGGUGCAGGAUUUGGUUGACGAGUAUACAGCGGCCACGAGGGAGGAUUACUGUACGUGGGGGCAAAAUUAGUGUGCCAUUUGGAAUUAUGCUCUCUGUUCGUGUUUAUAUAUUUUAACGAUGUUGUAAUAGGUCGUAAGCGUGUUAUUAUUUGUAAUAAAAAGUUUGUUUAGGA